UGGAUUAUUUAAACGCGGACCGGUAUUGGCGGAGGUGCUAGUGCUUUUAUUAGGAGUCGCUCAGUAAUCUAAUGAGACCCUGCAAAUAAUACUGCUUCAAACAUGACUGAUUCAAUACCUUGUGAUGCUAUAGGGAGAAGAAUUAUUUGUGAUGAGGAGUAUGCAACAGUACGGUAUGUUGGAAGUGUACCACCUACAGCAGGGCUGUGGCUUGGAGUAGAGUGGGACAAUCCCGAAAGAGGCAAACACAGUGGUACAUAUGAAGGAGUCCAGUAUUUUAAAUGCAGUCACCCUACAGGAGGUUCGUUUAUUCGUCCUAAGAAGGCAGACUUUGGUGUGGAUUUCAUUUCAGCAGUAAACAAACGCUAUGGUCUGCAUAAUGAAGUCGGCUCUGGAGAUGGAAAUGAUGAAGAACUAAUCCUGGGAAACAUGCCUGUGGAGAAAGUUGGGUUUGAAGACAUAAAGACAAAACAAAGUGAUCUGGAAAAUCUUGGAGAUAUUUCUGUUCGAGAAUGUAGAGUAAGCCAUGCUGGCCUGAAUAGUGAUAUUCACCAGAGAUGUCCAAAUAUAUAUUCAAUAAAUUUGUCCAGAAACUUGCUGUCUUCAUGGAGCAAAGUUGCAGAUAUUACACGACAGCUCAAUAAACUGAAUUCACUUGAUCUCAGUGAAAAUAAACUACAAAUUCUAUGCAGACCAGCCUCCCUAGCAGAUGCAUUUACCAGUCUUACAGAAUUAGCACUUACCAAAAAUGGAAUCACAUGGACUGAGGUUCUUAUGUGUGCUCCCAUGUGGCCAAAUCUCAAGAAACUAUAUCUUUCCUACAAUGCCAUUACCCAUUUAGAAAGGCCUGUUGGUGUUCUGCAGUCAUUGGAAUUGCUAGACCUAAGCUACAAUGCACUUUCAGAUGGAAAUGAACUUAAAUACAUUGGUUGCCUUCCAAGACUAGAAACACUCAUGCUUUUAAGGACAGGGAUUUCUUCUAUAUGCUUUGACGAUGUAGGCCAAGGUUUCAAAACAUCAUUGUUCCCAGCACUGAAAGUGUUAUCUGUUGCCAGAUGUAAUGUAUCUAAAUGGUCAUUUAUAAAUGAGCUGAAUAAACUUCAGAGACUAGAGCAUUUGAUUUGCACUAAUAAUCCCCUGAUGGAUACAGAGAAGAAUCCAGAGACUGUGAGGCAGCUUAUCAUUGCAAAAAUAGGUCAGCUAAAAAUGCUCAACAAGUCUGCGAUUGUGCCGGAUGAAAGGAAAGGAGCAGAACUGGACUAUCGUAAGCUGUUUGGAGAGGAGUGGUUAAAGGAAGGGGGAAAUGCAGAUCCUGAGAAAAACAAACCUUCUGAGAGAUUCGUUGUUGAACAUCCCAGAUACCAGUUCCUUAUAGAAAAAUAUGGUGCCCCUGAAGAUGGUGAACUCAAGCGGCAACAGCCAAUUGCACUGAAAAAUCAGCUGCUUUGUAAGUGUUACCAUCAAUUGUCCAGACAAAACAGACCAGAAACCUAUAGAAAAGAAACUUCCAGAGUCUAUGACCAUCCUGAAAGUCAAAAGUCUGAUAAGCCGUCUUCUAAAAACCUCUCAUAUGGACUUUAGGCUGUCAUACACAAGUGUGAAGAUGUCAGGUAAAGAAAUUGAAAUGGAUUGUGACCUGAAGCCCUUAAACUUCUACUCAAUAGAAAAUGGAGACUGCAUACUGGUGCGCUGGUAGUAUCUGGUCAUUUAUGGGGACUGACAUCAGCAAAUACGUGUACUCCGAAAAUGGGAACAGUUUUUCUCAGCUGUGUACUACUGCAGGACAUUUUCAGGUGUGCACUCCACCAUAUAACAAUACCUGAAGCCUGAAGUCACUUUUGCUGUGAACUUUUUGUCCACGUUUGUCCAGUGGAAGAGACUGCAUGUUUAGAAAUGAGUGUCCCUGAUGCAGUUUGACUAGUUAGAGUGAUGGGCUAAUAGAAAUCUGGGAAACACAAACCUAAUGCAGAUGUAUGAGGUGCAGUGUUCAUGUAUACAUAAUUCAUUAGCCUUAACUGGUUUGUCUUCCUAACAAAAAAACAAGCAUUCUGGUAGCCAGGCCUUCAAUAAAGGCUGACAUCCUCUGUUAGAAAAUCUGUAUCAAAUACCAAAAGGACUUUUAACCCCAGAGAGUGUCAUCUGUUUUAUUGCCACUCCUCCAUAUUUGUUGUUUAUAGUAAUUUACAGCAUCAUGAAUGUACUAUCUUGUAUUAAAAAAGUAUUUUAUUCCCUAAACAAGAUUGUGUCAGCUUCUUGAUAGCAAUGUAUCAUUGUGAUAAAACAUUUUCUCAUAGAACUGGUUGUAUGUAAUAAUGAAAUAUUUAUAGAUGAAUACAUUUAUUUUUUGUGUGUGAUAGAACUGAAA